AACCCUAUUUGCGGCUCAGCCCGACCGCCGACUAGUUUUUUAUUUCUCCCGUCGAUCUUUACUCUCCCCUCCGCUGUGGACUUCUCCGACGACCGGCGGUCGGCCAUGGACUUCUCCGACGGAUGGCGGUCCCUCUGGCCCAUCGCUACCGUCUUCGCCGCCCCAAACCUCCUCUCCGGCGCUUUCUCCAAGCCUCUCGGUCCCCUCCUCUUCUUUCCCUCUUCUCCCCCUCUCCUCCUUCUCUCCUCCCGCUCCCUCGCCCUCCAAAUCCCUCCCCCUCUUCCCCCCUCCGCCCUCGUCGACGGCGUCCGCUCCUUCUUCGGUCGCACCGCCACCGCCGGCUUCCUCCCCUCUGCCGCCCAGGACUCCCUCGUCGCCGACCUCCUCUCCUACCCGUCCGGCUGCGGUGGCGACCACCCCAUCCCCUCCAACAACCUCCACGCCCUCCACUGCCGCGACGGCUCCUCCAUGGUUCUCUUCUUCCCAACCGGGAAAAACGCCGACUCGAUUGGUUACGUUGGUCUUUCCUUUAAAGGACUGACGCCGGAGAUAAGGGUUGAUCGAGAUGGGGAUGUCUUCAUGCAGAAGAAAGGGUUCAAGCAUCCCUGCCAUCGGAUCUUGAAGAUUUCGGUGGCGGCGGCGCCAUCGUCGUCCUGGUCGCCGGCGGCCGAUCUGGUAUCCGCAGGUAAGCCCCUUACCGAGGGUUUCUUGAUUGCCACCACUUUGUACUCCGUGAAUUGGUUUAGGGUUGAAACUAGGGCUUCGGAUUCUGGUCGGGAGAGGCCGUUCUUGGUUCCUCUGGCGAAGCAAGGGUUUAAGAGUUCGGUGGUGCAUGCUUGCUGGAGCCCUCAUAUCCCGGAGGAGAGCGUCGCUUUGUUAGAAAGUGGCGAUCUUUGUUGCUUCAAUCUUAAUUCUAAGCGUGGCCGCAUGGUUAGGGUUACAUUAGGCGUUGAUCCAGGGAAGUGGUUGAGCUGCGAGUAUGGUGGGCAGCCUGAGAUUUUGAUUAUUGCUUGUUCUACUGCUGUUGUUAUGGUUGAUCUGAGGUCCAAGAAAGACACUGAACACAAAAUCCUGGUUAAAAUUGAGAUGCUUGGUUCCUACUCUCUUGCACCUUUAUUGGAAAAGAAUGACAGAAUUCUUGCUUUUUGCCGGGCUGGAUUCAAUGAUUUCCACAUAUCAUUAGUGACUGAACGCCAGUUGUUUCUUUUUGAUGCACGGCAACCGUUGUUUCCCAUCUUGACAUGGGAUCACAGUCUUGAGCACCCUUCUUAUGUUGCAAUGUUCAAAUUGUCAGAAUUGAGGCCGUCUGAGGAUGAGUAUAAGUGGGCCUCAGACUCGGGAUAUACCAUCUUGGCAGGUUCAUUAUGGAGUAAUGAGUUUAGUCUGUUUUGCUAUGGGCUCAAGGAGAAAGGAACACUCAGUAAUUCUUUGCUUUAUGCUUGGGAUCUUCCUUCAUGUCUUUCUUUGUCGGCUAGGCCGUUUAGUUCUGGUGACAGCAUUGUAAGAGAGAUAUUUUAUAAGGAGAAUGUUUCCAAAAGUUCUGAGUGGCGACAGAGGAAGGACGUGGUUGUGGGCUUUUGUGUUGUCCCGAGUCAUCUCUUGAAUAGACAAUCAAAGUCUGCAGGCUUUUCUUUAAUUAGACUUACAUUGCCCGGUAGGUUGGAGAUUCAAAGAUACGAUUCUUCAUGGAACUUAUCUGGUGAAAAGCCAGAAACUUUGGAGCUCAAGGAUUCAAUUGUAUCUUGGAUGAGUGAGGAUGAUACAGUAUUUAAAAGAUAUAAUUUCUUUAAGUUAUUUUAUCUUUAUGACUAUAUAAAGAGCAAUCUUUUUAAUGCUUUGGUUAUGCAGAAUUCUCUUUCAAAUCAUAAGGAAACUAACAAAGUUUCCCUCAGUCAUGAUAUAGAGGAACUUAUUAGCAACAUUUUGAAGUUCUCUAAUGUCUCAAUUUCUGAUUUUGUAAGUGAUGCCAGCAUACCAACCAGCAUAUUUGAAAUUGCAUCUCGAAGAGUAUUAUCAUGUGUUCGGGCUGAUCAUUUACCUUUGGUCUUUAAAAAAUACUCAGAUUUAUUUGGAAAUCAGCGUGAUUCCUCCUUUGAAUUCUUAGAAGUUCCUAGCUGUUUGCCUCACAAUAGGUUGCUGCCUUUUUUUGUGGGGAAACCUUCAAUAAGAAGUGAGAAGUGGUCAAGCAAAGCAUCACCUUGGGAGGUUCUUGUUGGCCCGGUGCUACCGCUUUCAGUCCUUCUUGCACUUCAACAGAUUGACAGGGGGAUAAAUGACUCGCCUGAUGCAAUAGAUGAGCAAGAUGAUGACCCAUUGACCCUUCAGUGCAGAUCAAUUCUUGAACAUGUUUGCCCUGAAAUGUUCGUUGUUGAUAUUGGUAAUUGCAAUGGAUGGGGAGCUUCACAAGAGCAGCAAGGUGAGAAGCCUUUUUUCAUGUAUGAACCUGCAGAAGUUGGUAAUAAAUCAACUUGCAAUGGAGGAACCAGUGGUAUUUCUACACAUGCCAUAAAAGAAGAGCUAGCACAAACAGGUCACAUGAUGCGAAACUGCAAACUGCCUUAUAAAGUUGAAAAAUUUGACACAUUCAUUUGUGGAAUUGUAGAAAAAAAGUGCAAUCCAGAUUCUGGACAUGUUUCAUCUGGGCCUCAAAUGCUUGAUCUAAGCCCCAUAAGGUUGGAUUUUGAGCCAUUCAACAUGGUGUUUCAGUCAGCUGAGCAGAAAAUUUACAAGUGCUUAAAGAGACAGUUUUCAAAAUGGCAGGAAAAUUACAAACCAUAUCAAGAUUUCUGUUCUUCUUCCAAAAUUCCCAAGUUAGCUCAGUGAUCUCUUGACUUCUUGUUUUGUUGCAAACUUAGUUGGGAUGACACAUGACAAUGUGUUGUUGCUUACAUUACAAGUUUCUCCUCAGAAGGAAUGCCAAAAAGGAGAGUCCUUCAGUCACCAGAUAUGGAUCUUUGGCAGGAGUUGAUGAAUUGCACCAAUUAUUUACCAUAACCAUAACCUCCAACCUUUUCCAACUAUUUGGGAUUGACUUUAUAGAUCCUCAUUCGCCAAGUAUUCCAUCAAUUUUUUGAUAAAGGAGCACCCAGUGUUUCUUGCAUGGCAUGGCCAAGGAUUUGUUGGGGACUUUAUAACGGGUCAAGGAGGGCUUACUAUAAUGCUCUGUUCCUCUGUGUCCCUCUUGUAAGUCUCUCUUUUCCUCAUCCCAGUGACUAAUGCAAGUUGGCACAUUAUGAUAAACUUUUCACUCUGGCUUGUUCAUUAUUUAAAGCUCCAUGGUUACACUAAAUAGGAAAUUGAUCAUCAGAUUAUCCUGACUGAUCGAUAUCAUUGUUAUACGUGAAUCAAUUAUGAUCAUCUGAAUAUUUAAAUCAAAUUUUCAGAGUUUUAAACCCUUAUCCGAGGAAUGGCUUUUAUUUAUUUAUUUAUUUGAGAGCAAAAGUUUGGUAAUUUUUUGGCAGACAUUGUUAUUUUACCUUGGUCCAUUUGUUUUCAAGUCACAAAUGGUUUUUUUGGAGGUUGCAUGGAAAUUGCAGUUUCAUUUGUUCAAAUUAUCAGGAGGGAUUUUCAUUUCUUCAAGCAGGUCAUCUCACUCUGUCAUUCAUUGUCCUGUGUAUUUGCAGGCUGUGUGGAUUAUUUUUUUCCAAGGCUUCAGGUAUCACGAGCAUAAUGGGCAUAUACUCUCCCAGUGACUGGUGCUUCCGUUGUAAUCAUUGAUUACUUGGUGGAAGUAACUAAUGUGUUAACCCAGACAUUUCUGUUGGACUCCUCUGGAAUCUCUACCUCAAUAUCAACAGUAUUGCUCGUCUCCACCAUCAUUCAUGCUUUUGUCCUCCAUGACCUAUUCAUGAAUGACAUCUCAAUUGCCAUCGUCCAGGAGAGAGGAAUCUGGCACACCUGAGGGUUGUGAGCUCAGAUAUGAGAGACACUGAGGCUGCUAUCUAAAGAAACACUCCACAACUUAGGGUCAAUAUAUUUAUACUAUUUGCAUGAUAUGUUCAGAUCUUGUUCUCCGCUCAAUGAAGGAUGGUUAUCAUAAAGUGGCAUGCAAUCUUUCGCCAUAGCAUCUGCUGAUAAUUAGGAGAUGAAGACUGAUUGCAAAAAGCACUCUGCAUGGUACCUCGUGCAGCUUUGUUGGUUCAGGUGUUGUGCACUGCAUUUGGUUAUGAGAUUCAUAUGUAAGUCAAUUUAUGUGCAGUAUAUUCCAGGGUUCAAAUUUAUGAACCCUUUCCAGCCAUAUGCCUCUGCUUAGUGGGAGUUUGUUGUCUUUUCUUUUUGAAUAAUUCAACUUAACCAUUAGAUUUUGCUUUGUUGGUUGAGGAAAUGAUGCAUCAUCAUGUGUAGUCAACAAUUUAUUCAAUGUUUCUUCAUUACCUGAAAUUCCCUUAGAUA